CCCCCAGCUAAAAGGAUGAAACCAUGGGCCUGAGCGUCUCCUGUCUAAAAGGCUUCAAGAUGUGUGUAAGCGGGGCUGGGGUCAGCAGCAGCGAGGUGGCGGUCAUGGCUGAGAAAAGACUAAGGGUCCCAGAUAUUAUUAUCACCCCUCCGACCCCCACGGGGAAGGCCCUCUUGAGAGACCCCAGCCUGGAGGGCGAUGAACCCCAAGACAACUGCUGAGCCAGAAGGCAGAGAUGUGGCCUGCUGUCUCCAGGCCAAGGAGAAGGGGCCCUCCCUGGCAUUGCUAGAGAAUGUGGCUCUCCACCGUCUUGCUCAGGAACUUUCCCAGCCUCUGAGUUUUGCAAACUCCUCCCAUUUCUUCUCCUCUUGCCGGGCUGUUUAAAAAUGGACCAACAUCUCCAGAUAUACCUCACUCACACUUGCGGCCACGGCACUGUUGCAGACCCGUAACAGGCAAAGGGUCCUUCAAGGAGUCCUCCAAACCGAUUGUCUACUUGGAAGAAGACCUACGGUAAUGGUUAGGAUGGUGGCACAAUGGAUGGGUGGUGGCUCUCAGGUUCUUGUUAGUGGUGUUGGUCAACUUGGACCCAGCCGAGGUCAUUGUCAGAAGAGAAAGGACACUGACUUGCACAGAAGGUCCAGGUCCUCUGGUGGUGUCUAAGAGCAGAUUUAAGGGGAAAUGUGAUGGUUUCAAGAGCAAACAAGAC